AUGAACAGCGAAUACGACUAUCUUUUUAAGCUUUUGUUGAUUGGUGACUCUGGGGUCGGUAAGUCCUGCCUCUUGUUGCGUUUUGCGGACGAUACUUAUACCAACGAUUACAUUUCGACAAUUGGUGUAGAUUUCAAGAUCAAGACGGUGGAAUUGGAUGGCAAAACAGUCAAGUUGCAAAUCUGGGACACCGCCGGGCAAGAGAGAUUUCGGACUAUCACGUCGUCCUACUACAGGGGCGCGCAUGGCAUCAUCAUCGUGUAUGACGUGACCGACCAGGAGUCAUUCGACAACAUGAAGACGUGGUUGCAGGAGAUUGACCGCUACGGCACCGCGGGCGUGGUAAAGUUGUUGGUCGGUAACAAGAACGACUUAAAAGACAAGAAGGUCGUGGACUUCGAAGUCGCACGCGAAUUCGCAGACUCGCUCAACAUACCGGUGCUUGAGACCAGCGCUCUCGAUUCCAGUAACGUCGAGGAGGCCUUUUUGACCAUGGCCCGCCAGAUCAAGGAGACCAUGUCGCACCAGCAGAAGGAGUCCGGCAAGAAGGACGACAAGAGUGGCGUCAACCUCAAGGGCCAGUCCUUGGCAAACUCCGGUGGUGGCUGCUGCUGA